CAAGCUGAUUAUUUUAUUUUCGUUUUGUCCCUGCUUUUUUUGUUUUUGUUGUUGUUGUUUUUUCUUUAUUGUUUGGAGGGGAAAAUUAUGUUCAGGAACGUGAGAUCAGAAACACCGAUGGGUAGCCCGACCUUGUUUUGGGGUUUGAUGCUGUCUGUCUCCGCUAUCUGCAUAUGGUCCACAAAUGGAGAGAUCUGUGGCCCGAGCUUCGACAUCCGAAAUGACAUCAGUGAAUUCAAGCGGCUCGAGAACUGCACGGUGGUGGAGGGCUACCUGCAGAUCCUCCUCAUCAACGACAAGACCAACAGCAUCCACCAGGAGGUCUUCCGCUCGCUCAGCUUCCCAAAGCUGACCGUCAUCACCGACUACCUGCUGCUGUUUCGCGUCUCAGGCCUGGACAGCCUCAGCAUGCUCUUCCCCAACCUGAGCGUCAUCCGCGGGCGCAACCUCUUCUACAACUACGCCCUGGUGAUCUACGAGAUGACCAGCCUGAAGGACAUCGGCCUGUACAACCUGAGGAACGUCACCCGAGGAGCCAUGCGGAUUGAAAAGAACCCCGAGCUCUGCUACCUGGACUCGGUUGACUGGUCUCUUAUUAUGAAUGCUCAGUUUAACAACGUUAUCAAUGGGAACAAAAAGGCGAAGGAGUGCGACAAUGUCUGCCCGGGCAUCAUGGAGGAUAACCCACUUUGUCAGAGGACGUCCAUCAAUAACAAGUCCGACUAUCGCUGCUGGACCUCCACCCAGUGCCAGAAAGUAUGCCCAUCACACUGCAAGCUCGCCUGCACAGACAAGGGAGAGUGCUGCCACAGCCAGUGCCUCGGUGGCUGCACCGAACCCCACAGCGACAUGGCCUGCUCCGCCUGCCUCCACUACUACCACGAGGGCCGCUGCGUGCCGGACUGUCCCCCGGACACCUACAAGUUUGAAGGCUGGCGCUGCAUCACCAUGGACCUGUGUUCGCAAGUGCACCUGCCCAGCGACACUCACUUCGUCAUCCACGGCGGAGAAUGCAUGCCCGACUGUCCCUCCGGCUUCACACGCAACGAGACGAAUCGCAUGCUAUGCAGCGCUUGCAACGGCCUUUGUGAUAAAUUCUGCACGUCCCCUGUCAUCGACUCUGUGGAUGCCGCUCAGUCCCUCAAGGACUGCACUGUCAUCGAAGGCAAUCUGGACAUCAACAUUCGCCGUGGAAAUAAUAUAGCUCCUGAGCUGGAGAGCUUCAUGGGAUUGAUCCAGACAGUGACGGGCUAUGUGAAGAUUCGACACUCCCACGCACUUGGCUCGCUGUCCUUCCUCAAGAGCCUGCGUUACAUCAAUGGGCAGGAACUCAUCGACAACAUGUAUUCGUUCUCCGCCAUCAACAACCAGCAUCUGCAGUACUUGUGGGACUGGAGCCAGCACAACCUGACCAUUCGGGCCGGACGUCUCUUCUUCCGCCGAAACCCCAAACUCUGCAUGUCUGAGAUCCACACGAUGUGGGAUAAGACGGGUAUAGCUGUGAAGCCAGAGGAGGGCGAUUUCCGUAACAACGGUGAAAGAGCCAGCUGUGAAAGUCACAUCUUGAAGUUCAAAUCUAACGUCACAUCGAGUCACACAAUCAGAAUGUCGUGGGAACGCUACCAGCCGCCAGACUACGGACACCUUAUCAGCUUCAUAGUCUACUACAAGGAGUCUCCUUUCCAGAACAUCACUGAGUUUGAUGGGCAGGAUGGCUGCGGCUCAAACAGCUGGCACAUGGUGGAUGUGGAUCUUCCUCAAGAUAAAAACGCUGAUCCAAGAGUCAGUCUCCAACAUCUGAAGCCCUGGACUCAGUAUGCUAUUUUUGUGAAGGCUAUUACCCUGCAGGUGGAGGACAAACACAUAACUGGGGCAAAGAGUGAUAUUCUUUACAUUCGCACACGUCCAUCAUUGCCGUCUAUGCCUAAAGAUGCCCGCGCGUUUGCCAACUCCUCAACCAAGCUGGUGGUGAAGUGGUCGCCGCCGGCGUUUCCCAACGGCAACCUGACUUACUACCUGGUCCGCUGGCAGCAGCAGCCGGAGGACAGGGAGCUCUACCAACAUAACUACUGCUCCAAAGAGCUGAAGAUCCCGAUCCGGAUCCCAGCAACGGGACUCACGGACAUGGAAGACAACACCAAGCCCACCAAGUCAGACCUGGCGGGGGCGGAGAAAGGUCCGUGCUGCGCUUGCCAGAAAACGCCGGAGGAGAAGGACCGGGAGAAGGAUGACCGCGUCUUCUUGAAAGUUUUUGAGAACUUCCUCCACAACGCCAUCUUUCUGCCAAGACCUCCAGACCGUCGACGCAGAGAUGUUUUCGGUGUCGCAAACAACACUCUGUUUCCCGACGGUGGCAGAGGGAAUACCAGUCUUGGCCCAGGGGAUAACAGCACGGAUGGCAUUCCUCCUGUCAAAGAGUACCCCUUCUUGGAGGACAAGAGCUCAGCAGAAUACUUAGAAAUCCCCAACCUGCGGCCCUUCACUGUCUACCGUAUCGACAUUCAUGCCUGCAAUGAGGAGGUGGGGCGUUGCAGCGCUGGAGCUUUUGUCUUCUCCAGGACCAAACCUGCAGUCAAAGCAGAUGACAUCCCUGGAAAGGUGAUCUUUGAGAGGAGUGACAAGGUUGAAGGGUGUGUGGUGCUGCACUGGCCAGAACCCAUCAUGCCCAACGGACUCAUCCUGAUGUAUGAGAUCAAGUAUCAUCUGGGGACUGAGUCUGAGAAACACGGGUGUGUGUCGCGACAACAGUACCGCGAGUACAAAGGAGCUCGGCUGACCAACCUGGGCUCGGGGAACUAUUCCGCUCGUGUUCGCGCCACUUCUCUCGCAGGAAACGGCUCCUGGACGGACAGCGUGUUCUUCUAUGUGCCACCACCUAAACGAGAUGAUGGCGUCACGUUCUACCUGGUCAUCAUAAUUCCCAUCAUCGUGACACUUUUCAUCGCCAGCCUCACCACCAUUCUCUUCUUUGUUAACAAGAAAAGGAAUAGCGACAGACUGGGGAAUGGAGUCCUUUAUGCGUCUGUCAAUCCGGAGUACAUCAGUGCUGCUGAGAUGUACGUCCCAGAUGAGUGGGAGGUGGCCAGGGAGAAGAUCACUAUGCACAGGGAACUGGGCCAGGGCUCCUUUGGCAUGGUGUACGAAGGCAUCGCAAAAGGAGUGGUCAAGGACGAACCUGAGACACGGGUGGCCAUCAAGACAGUCAAUGAGUCGGCCAGCAUGAGGGAGCGGAUUGAGUUUUUGAACGAGGCUUCUGUCAUGAAGGAGUUCAACUGUCACCAUGUGGUGCGGCUGCUGGGCGUGGUCUCUCAGGGACAGCCAACCUUGGUGAUUAUGGAGCUGAUGACCCGCGGAGAUCUCAAGAGCCACCUGCGCUCUCUGCGCAAAGAAAACUCCACCAGCCAGGUCCUACCCCCACUCAAAAAGAUGAUCCAGAUGGCAGGGGAGAUCGCCGACGGUAUGGCGUACCUAAAUGCCAACAAAUUUGUCCACAGAGAUCUGGCUGCCAGGAACUGCAUGGUAGCGGAGGACUUCACUGUGAAGAUUGGAGAUUUUGGCAUGACCAGAGAUAUUUAUGAGACGGAUUACUACCGAAAAGGAGGGAAGGGCCUGCUGCCUGUCCGCUGGAUGUCUCCCGAGUCACUGAAAGAUGGCGUGUUCACUACAAUGUCUGAUGUCUGGUCAUUUGGCGUCGUAUUGUGGGAGAUCGCCACUUUAGCGGAACAGCCUUACCAGGGCAUGUCCAAUGAACAAGUGCUGCGCUUUGUCAUGGAGGGAGGACUCUUGGACAAACCUGACAACUGUCCUGACAUGCUGUUCGAGCUGAUGAGGAUGUGCUGGCAGUACAACCCAAAGAUGCGCCCGGCCUUCCUGGAGAUCAUCAGCAGCAUCAAAGACGAACUGGAUCCUCCCUUCAGGGAAAUGAGCUUCUUCUACAGCGAGGAGAACAAGCCGCCGGACACCGAGGAGCUGGACAUGGAGGUAGAAAACAUGGAGAACAUUCCACUGGACCCUGCAUCCACAAGGCAGCCGUCUGCUGCUAUUGUUGUUUCCUCGUCUGGGUGCACAGGAGGAACGCCGCCUCCUUCUGCCCAGCAGUUAUCCCCCAUGCAAGGUCCGAGUACUCCAUUACUGGGGCCCGUGUCUCACUCCCCCCCGGGCCCAGUUGCCUCAGCCUUGUCGUCUCCAGGACAAGCCUUGGACAAGCACUCAGGACAUGUUUCGGCCAACGGGCCUGUGGUGGUGCUGCGGCCCAACUUUGAUGAGAUGCAACCCUAUGCACACAUGAAUGGGGGCAGAAAGAACGAACGGGCGUUACCACUGCCCCAGUCGUCGGCCUGCUGAUAUCAGACCAGCCCCUCCUCUUCCUUUUACACAGGGUAACACAAACCUCUCCUCUAUCUCUUAAGGAGGGAUGGAUGAGGUAAGGAUUUACUUUCUUCUACUGUGUGCCAGUAGAUGGUCUCUCCACUCCUUUAAAGUCAAACACAAACUCUAAAAAAAACUGAGAAACAGCACAGAAACCUGCUAAAGCAUUUGGAGUUUGGUGGCUAAGACUCAACACUGGGGAACUCCUUCCUGCGCAGCCUGUAUUUCAAGUCUUUGUUACAUACACGUCCUUCAAGAAGGAAUACAAUACAGGCAUGUAUCCUGACUUACAGAUUUACACAUGAACUUAAAGAAAAUCCUUUUUUUAGCAUAUCUGCCAGCAAAACCAAUAGAAGAGCACUUUUUUCCUGAUGAUUUCAGAGAGGAUGUGAUGGAUAUUUGAGUGUGUAUUUAUACAAACACAUGAUUCUCUCCAUAAUAUGGUAUAGCUUCAUUUCUAAAAUGACUUUCCAUCAAAAUGACCUUCUUUCCGUGAGCAGACUGGCUCAUGUUGUGUGAGGAUGCCUCAAUUAGAACGUUUGGACUACGAUCAUUACUUCACUACACCGUUGGUAUUUCUGUGGGAUCCCAUCAGGAAUGGGUCAAAGUGGUAGAGGAGGGCCUAUUUUGUAUCUGCCAAAAUUUUGCCAAAUCAAUCUUUUUCUUCAGUUUCAUACAGGUGUCCCUUCUUAAAGGAGGCUGUGAUUCAGAGUUGAGAUCAGUCCGUCUGGGCCAAACUGUUUGGUGGUUUCCAGACUGCAUGCUGAUCUGUAGUACUAACUGCUCUCGGAGCAGCUGUGAGUGUUGGAGGGGUUAUAAACAAGGCAGAACACAGGGACUGCAGAUGUGCUGCCUUCACAUCUGCAGUUUUAUAUGCAGUGUCUGCACUGGAGUUGAAUAAAUCUAGCAAACCUUGAAGAGAAACAACACAAGACUGCUUUUAAGUGGAUUGCGUACAGAGAAGCCAGCAGAAAAGCAGGACUGAGUAAGUUUUAUUCAGGUUUUGAAACGUGAUCAAAGGAGUCUGUGAUCAAAUUUAAAGUCAAUGUUUUUUCAAUUAACCGACACAAUACCAGUUGAAUUCUGAAGAUAUUUAUAAAAACCAACAUUUGGGAAAUAAUAAGCGACCACUGGAUGGAGGAUAUAAUAAAGAAAUGACAACAAGAUUCUAAAAUCCAGAACUUUUUUCACCUGGUGUUGCAUUUAUAGAUAAUUUGCAUUUCAUUGAUUAAUUGGUUCAAUCAUUUAUUAAAGUAGAACAACCCAGAGUUCUUUGGUUUCAGCUCAGAUCUGAGGAUUUGCUGGACAAUGUCACUUUGGGCAUUCUUCAUUAUUUUGUGACCCGCUUGCAUACCAAACAACAAAAAAAGGCAAGUUAAUUAAAAAUGACAACAAUCAGUCACUGCUUCUCUGUAGUUUUGAAUGAUUACACCUGAAAAGACAGCGUGCCGUUGCUGGUGAUGGUCCUCUCAAACACACAAGUUUUACCAACAACAGUCAUUCAGAUCCGAGCCUAAAUAACUUCCCCCUUCAUCAUUACCAUCUUUCAAACAUCUGAGGGAAGUGCACAUGUGACCUGAGUCAGCAAACUCUGAAUCACAGCCUCGCUCUGUCUUUGUUUAAAAAAAAAAUUAGAAUAAAAAAUAAACAAAUCAAAGCAUCAGAAGUCUCACACUACAAAUCACUGAACUUUACAAUCUGGGGUUACGACUCUGCCUCCACUUUGAUUUCUUCAAACCUUUUCUCUGACAUUUUUGCAUUUCACGUGGGAGGUGAACGCCGUUCGCCGAUACUGCUGUUCAAACUAAACGGCACCAAAUGCUCCACAACAAAACCUGAGACGUAAAAGCGAGAAGCUGUUGGAUCAGAUUUUCGUAGCCUAGAGACAACUUUGAAGUCACAGGAGGUCUCUUUUAGAAUAGUCAUUAGUUUCUCUACAUUUCAAACACAUAUAAAGGUCUUACAGUUGUAUUUUUGACUGCAGGAUCGUUUUUAUACACAUCAUUGGUUUUGUCACUUUUUUAAAAAAGAAAAAAACCUUUUUACGGUUCAAAAUGUUUGCCUCUAUGUCUGUACAGAACAAAGCUGCUAUUUUAUUCUUUUUCUCUUUUUGGAUGUUAUAUAUAAAGAAAUCCUUCAGGUUUGGUAUUUUACGGUCUCCACUACAGUCCAUUUCUAAUCUCUUCGAACUCUGUUUAAAAAAAUAAAACAACAAAAACUUACCCCAAAAGGUUUUCUGUAACACUA